UAUGGCCAACAGUUGUGUAACUAGCUGUAUUUUCUGCGAAAAAGAAUUUAAAACGAGGAAUGCUUUGCGAAAACAUGUCGAUUUGAAGCAUCCAGGCUGUACUACGGCAGACAAUAUCAAAUUCAAAUGGAAUGGCAAAGACGUUUCAUAUCCAAAAGCAAAGAGAAUUUCUAAAACACUGAAACGCAAAUAUCUCACGUGGAUUGGCGAGUUAACUGAGUCUAUAAAUUCUGCACAUAAUCCUCUCGUCCCAGGGAAAUGGUAUCACCUAGAAGCAUCUAAUGUCCCUCAAGAGUAUUUCAGUCAGCUUUUGUACGAUAUCAACAGUGCAUAUAUCAACAGUGCAAGAGUAGUAAAACACCUGAAACCUCCAUUGUGGCGAACAGACGUUUUAAGAUUAUCAUAUAAGACCAACUGCGAGGAUGACGUUUUGAGAGCAUUCAGCCAAAACACCGAUAUCUCAUUGGUCUUGUCCAAGUCGUUUAGCGGUUCUAAUGAAAUCGAAGAAAGAGCAGAAUUGUUUGGAAGAGCGGCGCUUGAAGCAGCAAAAUCAAAUGAAAGUCGACUAAGUGCUACUACUAAGUCAAAGAUUAAUAUUGGUAAUGGGGACGGAAGGGCAACCAGAGAGAUGGAGCUGAUUUGGUUCCCGUUAUACCACAAUUCAUCUAGUGGACACUUGAAAAUUCGAUUGCAUAUUGGAAAAGUUAAGUUGUAUUGAAACACUUUUUGAAAAAGAUGUUUAAUUGCACGUUUUUGUAGUUAUUUACAUGUAUCUAGUGACGUUGGAAGGAUGAUGAAGAAACUAUUUUACAAAACAUACACAUAUAAAUAGUAAGUUCAAAAUCACUUACCGGUAUGCCAAAAUAUUUUGUGGGACAUGAGUGAAAUACACGAACGUUUUUUUGUAAAUUGGCAUAUUUAACUUUACUUGUAACGCCAGUCAAUGAAACACGAUAGGGUAUCUUAUGUUUAGCUUCUCAGUUAACCUGCUGCUUCGAGCUAUUGUAAAUAUGGGGUAAAUAUCAGGAUUUUUGAACACAUUAAUUUGAUUGACAGUGUUGUUGUUAAAUGCCGCCCAAUGAAGCACCAGGAGAUAUUUAUCUCACAGAUCAACAGCUUUUCAGCCAAGUUAACCUGCUGCUUCAAGGCAGUCA